AUGGACUAUUUGAGGGUGGCGCGGCCCGAGCCGAGGGCCAUCACUCCUCUCGACACGGCUUCUACCGUAUCCCUCGCCGGAACCAUCAAUGGCGGUGGUGGAACUAUCGAUGUGAGUAUGGGAACGAGAUUAUAUACAGGGAAGAUCAGAAUAGUUCGACAGAAUGAAAGGAAAAACUGGCAAUAAAUAAAUUGAAACCGAGCCUCUGAGUUCUGAGAUAUUCCAUUUUUACUCGUAGGGAACCUCGCGACAGUCGACGCCGUCGCCGAUCACCGUCGCCGUGCUGACGACGCCGCAGCCGCCCUCCUCGCAGCUUCCGACCCCCGCCCGACGUUCCAUAACCCCUGCCGCCGCGGCAGACACCACCAAUCCGUUCGGAGACGACCACGAUGACGUCGAGGAGACCUUCGAGAACAAAGUCUAUCCGGUAGGUUCAGAGGAAGCACUACUAGUCCAGGAGGAUCGAUUUGCAAAAAUACUGAGUUUUUGAAGUGAACGUCGCAGAUAUGGUCCGAACUUGUGUGGGAAGUGUUUCUAGGAAUAAGUAUAGUCUGUUCAGAUUUUGAAUGUCAAGUCUUCACUCAAGCUCCGCCCCUAAUGGUGCAAUAAACCAAUCAGAGAGCGAGCCAUCCACAGAGUGUUUUUGAAUGACGUCAUUGCACUUGACAUUCAAAAUCUGAACAGACUAUACUCUAAAACGGAAAGAAAAGUGCCAUAGGGUCCUGAGAAAAAACCCGUCGAAAAUGAGAGGAAAAGCUCAAAAAAUGAUUUUCUUCGGAUUUUGACUCUCUGAAACAUAUGGUUCACUAUAUAGUCUGUUCAGAUUUUAAAUGUCAAUUGCAAUGACGUCAUUCAAAAACGCUCUGUGGAUGGCUCGCUCUCUGAUUGGUUUAUCGCGCUGUUAGGGGCGGAGCUUGAGCGACGACUUGACAUUCAAAAUCUGAUAAGGAACACAAAAAAGAAGUGUUUUUUUCCUCAAAAAGCUGAGAGAAAACCAGUUUUUCAACUUUUCGUGUACAUUUUCGAAGGACUAUUCCAGAAAAAAACAAUCAAAUAAUCCAGAAAAAAGAAAAAAAAAUUAAGUUUUUUAUUUAGAUUUCCUUGAACAGGAAGAAUGCGCAGGAAAUGAAUUAGAAAUUGUAAAUUUUUCGAGAAACAGAGAAGUCAAAAAAAGCCUAGUAUAGUCUGCGUCUCUCUGUUCCCUCACCGGCGAGGUCAGAGAAACAUGGAAAUAGCACGGAAAGAUGAGAGAGACGUCGAGAGAUGAGGAGGGCGCAGAGAAGUCCUUCAAGUCGUUAAAAAUGUUAUUUUUUGAGGAGUAUGAGUAGGUUUCGAAGCGAAGAGAUGUUUACAGUCAUUUUUUCUUGAACUACUUGAAAAUUUUUCUUUUUUGGAGGAUUUUUUAAUGGUUCUAAAGCUAUUAGCGGACUCCAAAAACCGUCAGAACUUUGAAGAAAAUUCAGAAUUUCGGGUUUUGAGGACUAUGAAUAGAUUCGGUAGCAUAUAGCUGUCUACAGUCAUUUUUUCUUGAACUACCUGAAAAAUUUGCUUUUUGGAGAGUGUUUUUUGAAUGGACGAUUUGAAGAAAAUCUUCAUUUUUUCUCUGAUGUUUUUUUUCAAAAAAUGCUUUGAAAUCACAAUUUUUGUCGAAAAAAAAAAUUCGAAAUGAAAUUUUGAGCUUCUUAAUGGUUCUGAAGCUAUUAGAGGACUCCAAAAACCGUCUCAACUUCGAAAUUUUGGAUUUUUCCAGAAACUGAACGCAGAAUCACAAGAAGCGGCCAACAAGGCGAUUGAAGCCGCCAAGAGAGACGCUAAAAAGGUAUCAAUACACCUUUAAUAACUCUCUUAGAACCAGUAAAGUCUUCUAAAAAGAUAAUUCAGGAAAAAGACCCGACGAAUCCGUUCGACGACGACGAAGACGAGGAACAUCAUCAUGACAACGUCAAAAUCAGAGUGCCGGAAACGGCUCCGAAAGACGCCCUCCAAGGGGUCACUAAAGAGCCGAGAAAAGUGCGAAAACCAUCGGGAUGACGUCAUAAUGUCCGAGUUUUACAGAUCGUCUACAAAGUCCGUACGACACACGAAUACAAGGCGAUCGACGUCGACGAACUGACUUUCGGGCCGGGAAUUGACAUCAACGUGAGAUUACUGUUUUUGGGUGGAAAUUUAAAAAAAAAAAGGAAAAGGCUGUUGAUGUUUCUCUAGCUUUUUUUUUACGAGUAGGGCAUUUUGAAUGGGUUUUGGUCGCAUUUGGAAUGGCUCAACGCGUUGCGGCCGCGCUGCGGUUGGAGCAGGAAUUUUAAAGAUUCUCGAAAAAAAGGCGGAAUAAAAUGAAUAAAUUCAAAAAAAUAGGUCAAAAAAAUAAAAAAACAUUCAAAAAUUAUUUUUUUGCGUUCUUCACAAUUUUAGCCUUCCUGGAGUUAUUGAACUUGAAAGGAGCUUUUUUUCUGGUGAAAAUUCAUUUCUAACCAUUUUUUUCUAAUUUUUUUACACUAUCUCUUUGAAAAAGUCUAUUGUGAAUGAGAAAAAUUUAAUUUUAAGGAAAAAAUUAAACUGAGGCUUAAAAAAAAUGUUUCAUCCGCAAUUGUACAUUUUAAAUGGAAAGAAGCAACUUUUUUUCAAAUUAAAAAAUUCAGACGUUUUUUUCCAAUCCUUGUUUUCUGCAACUACAAAUUUCUUAUCUUGAAAAAAAUAUUUCAGACGUUUUUUUAUAGGCAUUUCCUUUCAAAUUACCCAUUUUCUAUCCUCUAAACAUCUUCUUUCAGGUCCUGGAAGCAAAAGACCACGAUCAACUAGAUGAAGGUUGGCGACUCGGCGAAUUGGCCAACGGAAAACGCGGUGUUUUCCCCGAGAAUUUCACCAGAAAACUAGAAUGAUCCUCCUUUUCGAUUUCCCAAGAAAAUUCGCCAAAAAAAGCUUUGAGAAAAAUUAGCCGCGAAAAAUCAUCAAAAACGAGCUUUCGCGCUCCAUGGAUAAUUUUUUCGCUUUUUUGGUUUUCCACAUAAAACAUUUGGAAAGUCGGAUUUAUCAUUGGAGCGCAAUAUUACACAUUUUCGCGACUAUAUUUUCAUACCCUUUUCAUUUUUCGUAUUAAUCAUACUUUUUUUUGAUGUCCUAAGAAAAUUCCUGAAAAAAGCUUUGAGAAAAAUCAGCCGCGAAAAAUCAUCAAAAAAUGAGCUUUCGCGCUCUAUGGAUAAUAUUGUUUAAAAAAAGAGUUCUUCCAGUUAAAAAUUUUGAAAAUUGAAAGAUUUAUCAUUGGAGCGCGAAGUUACACGUUUUCGCGGCUAUUUUUUCAUACCCCUUUUUUUCGACCUUAUCAUUUUUUUUUCAGUUAUUACUCAAUGUAGUAUAUUUCUCAACAGAGUUUUCUUGCAUUUUAGGCUUAAUUUUAAUCAUUGAUAGUAUUUCUUUCCGCUCGAAUCACUAGUAUUUCAUGUCCCCUCAGUUCAUUUUUUCCUCUUGUGAUGUGCUUUUUUUUGAACCUUUUUUAAUUAUAUAUCUGAUUGUGCCUUUGUUCCUUCAUGCUUUUACUUCGAUUGGAAAAUUUUGGUCGCAUUUGGAAUGGCUUAACUCGUCGCUGAGUGUGUUGAAACGGACGAAAAACGACUUUCGCGACGCCAAAAUUCAACUGAAGCCGCAGCGCGACCGCGACGCGUUGAUCCAUUCCAAAUGCGACCAGAUUUGAGCGAAAAUUUUGUCUUUGUUAAUAUUAAUUAUCUCAUCGGCAAUACAAUUACGCACCGCUUACAUGUAUAUUUCCUUUUUUUUUUUGAGAGAGAAAAAUUAUUUUAUAUCAUUUUUAAUAAUCAGAAUGAAUUUGAGAGAUAAAAAAAGAUAAAGAUGUUAUUUUUAUUGAUUGAUUUUUCGAAAAAUCGCAAGAAAGAUUAUUCAACGUUAAAAGUAGACAGAAAAAAAACGUUUCCCUCCCUAAUUUCGUCUAAUUAUCGAUUUUUCUUCAGUUUGCUGUUUCAAAAAAACAUAUAUAAAACAGAAAAAAACUUUUUAAAAGAUUAGAGAGUGUAGAAAAGUUGAGACCCCAGACACAGAAAAAAAUAAAGAGAUUUCUCUGCGUCUCCACUUUUUCCAACACUCUCUCACUUUUCUCAAAUUUUCUCAUUUUCUUUGAAAAAAGAAACAGAAAAAGUGUGAAAUCACGCUUUUCGAAACCAUGGCGACUAUUCAAAAAGCUCAUUGUUUGGCGCCUUUUUUUCGAGGAAAUCUUUGAAUUUUUCAAGUUUUUUUCUUCAGUUUCCUGUGUUGUAGCUCUUCUUUUUCUCUUCAUUCUCUAUUUUAAUUUAUUUUUUUAUUAAGGUAAUAAUUUGCAUCAAAAAAAUGGCGAGCGCUGAAGGAAUUCGAAAGCGAAAAAGACUCCUUGUCGGUGAGUUUUUUUGAUUCUUUUUCUAGGUUUUUUUAUUUUUUUGAAAAACUUUUUUUUACUCUUAAAGGUAUUUCAGACUUAUCUUCUCAAAAUCACACAGUUCUGAGAAAAAUAAAAAUACUUCUGACGAAAUUAUGAAAAUUGAUAAUGCGCUCUACUGCUAAUUUCAAAAUUUUUUUGGAGAAAUUUCGAUAAAUCCAUUCUGAAAUAAUUAUUUUAUAGUCCAUGGAAUUGAUAUCAGAAGAACGCUUGGAAAAUAAUAAUUAGGGAGGCGGAAAGCCCAGGAAAAAAUAGCAAAAAUAAAACGACCUCGGAGGGGAUCGAACUUUGGUUGUGAGUUUAUCAAACUAGCUUGCUACUCACUGCGCUAUCAGUUAAGCUUAAAAACUGCAGAAAUUAUGCAAAAACCGCAAAAUAUUUGAAGAAAAAGGGAUACAGGGUUAAAAAAUAAUUUUCUUUUAUGAGAAACUUUGAAGUGGUCCCUAUAGGGACCCUAAGAGCCACCUUUAUAGGUGCCCCUACGUCCUGCUUAUAGGGAAGCUUUACGGGUUUGGUGAAUCGCUCAGAUAGCGCUAUAGGGGCCACUUGAAUUUUGAACCCUUUAGGGACCGUAAAUUUACCCCUAUAGUGGUCCCUCAGAGAGCAUUAUAAGCGUUACUAUGAACUUGAAUCCUCUAGGGACCGUUAAACUGCCCCUAUAGUGGUCCUUAUGACGGCAAAACCCUAUAGGGUUCACUACGAAAUUCCCGAUAAGGAAAAAAUGGCAUAAAUCGUUCACCGCGACUUCGAACCUUCUGCUUGGUUGCGUCUCUGUGUUUCCUGGUCAGAGAGACGUGAAAACAGCAUUUAACCAUGAGAGGGCGCAGAGAAAUCUUUGAAAAAAACUGACUUUUAGGACGAAUUUGAUUCGGAGACGGACGACGAGGAGAUGAAGGACAUCGUGACGGACGUCGAGAAGGAUAAGAUGAACGCGGAGAACGCCGCUCCGGACACUCGUUGGGGGUACUGUAGGGUCAUACUGUAGACUGGAACUAAUCGAUACCGUAACCUAUAGAAGGGUCAAAUUGGCGAUGCGCGACUGGGGCGAGACGGCCUCCUUCCACGGUGUUCCUCACAUCGCGCAGGCCAACACGGUUUGAAAAUUUUAGCGGAUAAUUUACCAUUUCAGAAAGUCCCCCCUCAAUAGUGUAUAAAAUAACCCCCCACAGCCAACACGGUUUGAAGUUCUGAGGGGAUCUGUUCAGAAACCCCCUCACCCCCCGGUUUGGAGAAAAAAACAGCCUCUAAAGGAGACGAAAUAGGGCUCCCUCUAGGGAUGAAAUUUAGGUUGUCCCUACAGGGGUUUGAAUCCGACAAAAUCAGCUUUUCCCCCCUAGAGUGGCCACUUGUGCAAGCUUCAGUGCCCCUAGAGGGAAACCUUCAGAACCGCCAAGGCUGCCCCUCUAGGGACCACUCAGGCGUUUCUUCAUCUUUUUCCAGUUGAUCGCCUUCAUCGUCUGGACGAUCGUCGUCGCGAUCGCCGUCGUCGCAUUUUUCCUUCUCAUCACAAUAACCGUUAUCCAAUACUUUUCCUUUGAAAAAGUGGUCGAAGUCAAGGUGAGGCCAUGCGUUGCGGUCGCGUCGCGGUCGGGACCUUUUUAAACUUAAAAAUUUCAAAUAUUCAGUUUUUUGUUGAAGUCAGAUCAACCAAAACGGUUAGCUCAGAAAAAUCGGGUCAAAUGCGCUCCAAAGAUAAUCGAAAUUCGAACUGAACAACAUGUCAUUUUUCACAGUAGAAACUUGAGAAAAAUCGUAUUGAUUGAACUUUUUCAAAAUAUUCCCUUUUUUUCUAAGGUAUUUGUAACUGUAAUCUAAUAUUCAAGACAUCAUUUUUUUCUCCGCAAAAGCCGCGACGCGACCGCUUCGCAUGACUCAUUCCCAUUUCCAGCUGGGACUCGGAAAAUCGGCAUUUCCAUCGAUCACCUUCUGCAAUAUCAAUCCGUACAAGCUGAGCAAAAAUGCAGACCGUUCCGGAACUUGA